CUUCGUACAGCCUUUCCAAGGGCGACAAGCAACGAAAGGGGAAAGAAGACCCUAGGGAUAGGUUUCCGAUCGUCAGUCUUUUGAAGGAGAUCCCGCAGAAAAGCCCAAACACCCUAGAACUGUUCGGCUGCAGGCCAAACUUACCCCCCAAACACCCCGCCGCGGCCGCAUAUUAGCUCAGCCGACAUUCGACGUCACUUCGGUCGUCGAAAACCAUCUUCCACAUGUUCAGCAGAUUGCACAGCAAGCAUAAGGGCCACGCCAAGGAGCAGCAAAACAGGCGGCCACACGACCAUCAGGCGUCGACGUUGCAAGACCUUGGCCUGCGUGGGCCCUCUUCAUCAUCCAUUCCCUCUGCUUACCACAAUCACUCCGGCGUUCCUGCAAGACAGUAUCCCGCGGCGUCAUAUUCCGAGAGAGACAGCCGGAUCCCUAACGGACACUUAGGCGCGCAAUCACACUACUCACCAGUUACACCUACUUCACCUUCUCACUCACGAGAGAUCAACAGCAUGAACACUAACGGGAGCCGGGGACGCCGGGAGCGCACGUUUGUUGGAAGCGAGUGUGCAGUUUGUGAGGAGCCGCUGGAGCAUACCCUGCAGGGCGAGAGGAUAUUACAAUUCUCGUGUACCCAUGUGUCACACGAGGCUUGCUUUUACGAGUUCAUCCGCGAGUUUGAGUCUCAAUACUGCCCAACAUGCGACGCGCCAUUGCAUUUGGACACCAGCCGUGGCGGAAACGUGCUAGAUAUCGAAAAAAUCAGCAACAUGGUACGCUCAGGUUCCGUAAACGACACUCGGUCACCACCAGCUCCAAAUCCAGCUUCAUCGCAGCAGCCAUGGGAUGAUCAGCUAGCACGAGCACCAAGUCGAGGAUCGAGUGCUCGGCAAGAUGGAGGUUUGCCACCUCAUGCCAUGGCAAGGGGUAGCCAACGCGACAGUCGCGACGCCCCUUCGUCGUCAGAUCCUCGUUACACGCCAAACUCGAGACACGCGCGUAGCGAUAGUGAUGCUACAGGGGCCACGGGCGCUACCGGAGGAAUGGCCUCAUCGGGAGGAUAUCCGGAAACGAUGCAGAGUGGUCCACCGCGAAGACACGACUACGAUGUCCAGGCUAUGGAAACGUCGAUAUCAAGUCCCCGUGCGAUAACCCGAAAUCCGAUUCCAGCACCGACCGUUACCAUCCGGUCCGAGUUCCCUACAAUUAGCAGGUCGCGGCAACAGCAGACGCUUACCUGUCUGGUCACGGUUGAGGUACCCGACAACAAGUGGAGGCCGGAUCCCGAGGACCUACAGAAUGGACCGCCCAUGCUACCGCCACCCAGAGCUGAAGAGCCAUAUCCGCGCGUACCGUCGCCUACGAGGAAUGCGCCUCGCUUCUACCCCUACGAAUCACCUGAAGUGUUGGCAGAGAUGACCGAGAAUCUGCGCAGCCGAGUCGACAACUGGCAUGGCCUCGACUUCAGCCGCUUCGGGAAACUCCGACUGUACGGCACACUCCGUGUAGGCAAGGAUAAGGUGUCAUGGCAGGAGCUGGAAUGCUUUCUCUUCGCUGAGAUGCUCAUCUGCGUAAAGGAGAAGAAGAAUGCGCACCCAGCACCAGGACAGUGGGAGGAUGAAUCGGCGCGCAAAACGGGUCGAUGCACGCUGAAGGGAUCGAUCUUGAUCAAGAAGCACCUGAACGAGGUAUCGGAAACCGGAUCUGUCGACGAGAAUAUCCUGACGCUGAACUUGUCAGUGAACGAGCUACCGCAGUUCCACCUUCGGUUCGAGAAUCGCAACCAGCUCAAGCUGUGGCAACAGGCCCUGUUGGAUCUGAAUGCCGUCGAGACAUCACCAAUGCGCAGUCCCGAGUACGACCGCGAAUUUUCCGAGGCAGAGGAAGACGAAUGGAACAGGAGCGCUGGUUCGAAGCAGCGGGUAUCAUCCCAGGCGUCAUCCUGGGGCGGGGCCAGGUCUGCCACCACGGCCCCGACUGAGUAUACCAAUGUACGAAGCCCAGGGCUGCCGCCAUCGAUCCACGUCCCGGUUGACGUCGUCGUUGUUGUUCCGAUUUCGGCCUCCAUGCAAGGUGUGAAGAUCAACCUUGUCCGCGACGCCCUUCGUUUUAUGGUCAGCUCCCUAGGCGAGCGUGACCGCAUGGGUCUCGUCACGUUUGGAUCCUCGGGCGGUGGUGUUCCAAUUGUGGGCAUGACUACCAAGGCGUGGCCUGGCUGGAGCAACGUUUUGGCAUCGGUCAAGCCCGUGGGGCAGAAGAGCCAUCGUGCGGAUGUGGUUGAGGGUGCGAACGUGGCUAUGGAUCUGCUCAUGGGGCGCAAGUACAACAAUCCCAUUGCCACUAUCAUGCUGAUCAGCGAUGCCUCGACUUCCGAUGCGGACAGCGUCGACUUUGUGGUGUCGCGUGCGGAAGCUGCCAAGAUCACGAUUCACUCAUUCGGCCUGGGAACGACACACAAGCCUGACACCAUGAUUGAGCUCUCGACGAGGACCAAGGCAUCAUAUACUUAUGUCAAGGAUUGGAUGAUGCUCCGAGAGUGUCUGGCAGGCUGCCUCGGUGCUAUGCAGAGCUUGUCUCACCAAAAUGUGAAGCUCAAGCUCAAACUCCCAGAGGGGUCGCCAGCCAAGCUGGGCAAGAUCAGUGGCGCGCUCCAAAUAACGAAGCGGGCAACUGGGCGCGAUGCGGAGGCCAACUUGGGCGACCUUCGAUUCGGCGACAAGCGCGACGUGCUUGUACAACUGACGAUUAUGCCUGAUACGUCGUCUGAAGAGCCACAGUCGCACGCUUACUGGGAUACUGUCGUUUCAGGACUGGAGGCAAUAGGCGGACCCAUGGACGACGAGGACCAAAGGGCGAUGUCGGUGGAGGAGGUUCCUUUGAUACAGGCCGACCUUAGCUGGGGGGAUAUUCUACGCGAAGGCGCCACGCAGCACACGAGACCAUCGCUUUUGGCAAUUACAGUGCUGCCGGCACCAGCAGGCUCGAAGAAGCCGUGGGCCAACUCGCCAACGAUACCACCUCACCCGUAUAUCGUACAGCGGCGGAUGGAAAUUCUCACGUCGGACAUGUUGACUCGAGCAUUAACCUUAGUCAGCAGAGGCCAGCACGAUCGCGCCCAUACGCUGUUGAGCGAGACGCGAUCCAUUCUCAAGGGACUUGGUAAGGGCGGGUUGCCCCCUGUGCCACCAGCACCAGGAGGACCGCCCACCAAGUCGCUCCCGUCCACGCCUCACCCGCACCGCGCCCACUCGCCGAUUCCCGGCACUCCGGACCGGAUGAACUCGCCGUCCCCUACGAUGGCGAAUUACCCCACGGCACCCGGAACCGGCUUGACCAUAUCGACCCGGCGAUCCAACGAUGCUCUUAGCGCCAUGAACACCGGGGCAUCCGCCAUCGACCCGACUACCGUGUCAGCUCUUGAUGCGGAACUCGAGUCCAGUCUCGAGUGGAUCAACCACCCUGCCAUCUUUGGGCGCGACAGCCGCAAGGCGGUGCUGCAGGCCAUUGGGGUGAUCAGCUCUCAGCGGGCAUUUACGUUCCGCACGCCGAUCGAAAGUCUCUGGGCGGGCCGGGUCAGUGGCAUCAAGAAGCUUACGGAGAAGAGCCAGGAGUGGACGGCGGAAGGAGGAGGGGAGGGCGGCAUCAUGGAGGAAGCAUAGUGGGUUCCUCAUGGACUGCUAGCUUUGCUCUUCUUCUCGCUAACA